AUGAUUCGAAAGGAUCUAAAUAGUCCAUCAAUGUAUGAAACAGGUAUUGCUAUGAGUGAUCUUUCAUGUUUUAUAAAUAGUGAUCUCGCACGUGAUUUAACUAAUGCUAUAAUGACGCUUUUUGGUGUAUUAACACCAUUAGAACUUCGUUUAGGCAAAAAAUUAAUAGAACUAUUGACAGAUUUAAUUCAUAUUCUUGUUCCAAUUUCAUCGGAUUUACCAAAUCAUAAUGCUUCAAUUCAACUAUGUGUACAAAAACUUCAAAUACUUAUCGAAGAUUCAGAUCAAAAUUUAAAAUAUAUUGGUUUACUUGCUAAGUCGACAAUCUUACAUACGCAUCCAAAAAGUAUUCAAUCACAUAGUGAUUUAAUAAUGCGUUGUCUUGAUCUUCUUUCUCGAAUGUCAUUAAAAAAUCAAAAUAUUUUAAAAAUUAUAAUAUAUCUAAUUCAAUCAUCGAAUAAUGAUAAAACAUUAAUUCAACAACUUCUUUCAUUAACGAUUGAUAAAAUGUCUCUAUUUUUAUCAAGUGGUGAUGUCGAAGCACAAGAACGAACUGAAACAACUUCGGAUACUAUAAAUGGAAAUGAUUGUAUUGAAUUAACAUUAUCACAAGGAACAAAUGCUACUAGUUUACAAUUAACACUAUCUGAUCAAUUAUAUCGUCAAGCAAAAAUUGAUGAAGAAAAUCGAUUAAUUCAUGAUAAUGAUGAUGAUAUUUAUCCAACUGUAAAAGUAACACGUGAUGGUGAAUUACCAGAAAAUACUACAGAAAGUGAAAAUAAAGAUAAUGAUAAUGAUGUGCGUGUUGAAAAAAAUAAAAAAUAUGAUCUAUAUCGAGCACUUAAUAUUGACUUAAAUGAAAAAUCUAUUCAAUCGAUUUCUAUGCCAUCACCAUGGACAUCUCAAUUAAAAGAAUCAGUUCCUAAACAAAAAAAGAAAAUAAUUGAAAAACAAGAACAAUUAUCAACAUCGAAAUCUAAACACAAACGAGAACAUAGUGAUGAUAAAGAAUUAUUACUACCAACUGAUGAAGAAGAAAAUCGUCCAACUUCUUCUACACCUUCUCCUCCUCCUCCUGAUACUGCAGAGAAAACCAAAGUAAAAAAAUCAUCAUCAGAAAUAACAACAAUAGUAUAUACAAAUACUUCUGUGCCACUCCUAUUGGACAUUAUGACGGAUGAUAUUCAUCCAACAAAUCAAUCUGAGUAA